ACGGCCCCGGACCGGCUGGAGAACUCGGUGCGGCACAACCUGUCCCUGAACAAGUGCUUCGAGAAGGUGGAGAGCAAGCUGGGCGGCUCCUCGCGCAAGGGCUGCCUGUGGGCCCUGAACCUGGCGCGCAUCGACAAGAUGGAGGAGGAGAUGCACAAGUGGAAGAGGAAGGACCUGGCGGAUCACCGCAGCAUGGCCAACCCGGAGGAGCUGGACAAACUCAUCUCCGACCGGCCUGAAAACUGCCGGCGUCCUGGCAAAGCCGGGGAGCCCGAGGCCCCCAUGCUCACUCACGCCACCACGGUGGCCGUGGCCCGCAGCUGCCUGGCCGUCCCGCAGCUCCCACCCAGGACCCUGUCCCUGCACCAGCAGGUGCAGCAGCAGGCACAGCUGGCCCCAGACUCACCAGCGCCCGCCCAGACGCCGCCCCUGCAGGCCCUGGCAGCGCUGAGCCCUGGGCCUCUUCCCCAGCCCACCAUGGGCCGGGCUCCCGGGGACUUCCUCAACAUCAGCGCCGACAUGAGCACCGAAGUGGACGCCCUGGACCCCAGCAUCAUGGACUUCGCUCUGCAGGGGAACUUCUGGGAGGAGAUGAAGGACGAUGCUCUGGGAGCCUUUGGGGACUCCCCACUCGGCUGUGACCUGGGACCCGCAGCUCUGAUCCCCGGGCCUGGCUGCAGUGACCGUGCCUUCCCGGAUGUGCAGGUGACGGGCCUCUACGCCGCCUACUCCACUCCCAACGGCGCAAACCCCUCGGUGGCCCCCACGGCCCCCCAGUACCUAGGCCCCGCAGGGAACAAACCCAUCGCCCUGCUCUGA